AUGUUUUGGUCCGCUCUAGUCUUCGCGGCGGCCGUUCAGGGCCAGUUCGCCGGCCUGAACCACCUGCGAUUCGGAUGUUCUCAAAUCACAGUCGAAAGACUCGAUCCCCUCGUCAAUCCUGGAAUGGCCCCAACGCCUCACAUGCAUCAAGUAGUGGGGGGGAACGCGUUUAAUGCUUCAAUCCCCGUAACUGAUGUUUCCUCUGUUUCAGACUGCACAACCUGCGGCCCAGCAGACGAUCGAUCUAAUUACUGGACUGCCAAUGUGUAUUUCAAGGCUCGGAAUGGUAGCUUCAAGCGUGUCCCUCAGGUCCCUAACAGACUUUUGUUUAAUGAUAAGUUCACUACACAAACCUCUGGUGGUAUCACCGUGUAUUAUAUUGCUCCUGCCAAGAACACGGUCACCGCUUUCAAGCCGGGCUUCCGCAUGCUUGUCGGCGACCCCAUGAGGCGUGAGAAGAAGUAUAAGAUGCAGAGUUGCUACCGUUGCUACUCCGGUCCUAAUUUUGGUGGUGACAACGCCGCUCCUUGCUCUGAUGCCAAGCUUGACACUGAGGGUUUCCCUACCGGGCCUUGCUUGGGCGGCAUUCGAUCCAAUAUCCUUUACCCAACUUGCUGGGAUGGCAAGAACCUUGACACGCCUAAUCACCAAGACCAUGUUGCCUACCCUACUGCCGGACCUUCGAACUUCUUGUCGACCGGGAACUGCCCUUCAAGCCACCCCGUUAAGAUCCCGCAGCUCAUGCUGGAGAUCGUUUGGGACACCACCAAGUUCAAUAACAAGGCAGACUGGCCAGCAGAUGGCUCCCAGCCGUUCUAUCUUAGCACCGGAGACAACACCGGUUACAGCCAGCACGGCGAUUACGUCUUUGGCUGGAAGGGUGAUGCCCUCCAGCGAGCCAUGGACGACAACGGCUGCUUUAGCGCCACCUGCGGUAACCAGAAGUCUCAGGACAUCUCCGUGGCGAAUAAGUGUACUAUCAGGAAGACCGUUCAAGAGGAAGCAGAUGGAUGGGUGGAUAAGCUCCCGGGCAACCCUACUAUGAUGUAG